CAUGAAUUUGCAGAUAAAAAUGUCCUACCCACGUAUCUUUGUUUAAUCUAAUGUAUUUUCGGAUAUUUGAGAUGAAAUUAUCAUAAAUCACAGUAUCUAUCUUUCUUUUUGGCACCAUAAAACACCAUCGUCACGGACGAAUGGCUGGUAUUUAAAAAUCAAAUCGGCCAUAAACAAUAAAAUGGCGUCCGGUUUUUUGUGUGUGCAAUGAAGUAAUUGUUUUCAUGAAAUAGGAAGAUUUAUAGUGAAUUUUACGAACUGUAAUGUUUUUUCGGUGAUCUUGCAGCACAAUGAACUUUAAUAACUCGUUUGGCGUGUUCAAAGACGUGCUUUUUGUUGGCAAUGAAGUGCGUGUCGUAUGUGGCUAGGUAGCGUCGUCGUCGUGCACCGCCUUUAAUAUUGAGUUGAUUAGGGCAAAUCAAGUGGAUUCUUCGUUUAAGAAUGGUUUCCAAAGGCGGGGCGGUAUAAUUAGGGCUAUAGGAGGACUAUUAGUGCGUGUGUAAGUCGGCGUUACGCUAGUGUGAUUGAUGAGUAAGGUGCGCUAGUAGUUGUGAAAGCGAGCGUACAUACAUGUUCGCGAUGUUAAAACUGUCAUGAGGACUCGUGUUUACUAUCAAAUAGUGGAUUUGUGUUGGUCUGUUUGUUUUUAUUUUAAUGUUGUGAUAAAUAGUUGUUAAAAAUGUGUAUGCCUACGCCAAGCAAUGUGUCGGGCUUCGGAUAUCAGUGGGGCUUCACUAGCUCAGGGGAUCUAACGAAGGGCGAGGUUGAGACCCCUAGCAGCCUCAGCUACACCCUGGGGAAUACGGUGUCCCCAGAAACAACCCUAACGGUGAUGUCUCACAAGACACCACAAGUCCAAGAGAAGGUUGGCACAGUCUCCGUAGCCGUCAGUAACACCGGUACACAAGUAACCAGGGUCGUCACUGCUGGGACUCCGGUAGCGGCGAGGAGGGCUAUGUUUGUCCUGAAUGAGACUCCGCACACAAUCAACAGAGUUUCGCAGAAUCAGACGGCAACUAUACAGACCCCAAUAUUUACAGCCACAAACCUCGCAGCAAAGCCCUUCAUGACCCCUAUUGGGCCAAUCCAGCUAACCGCCGAAGAAUGCAACGAGAUCCUCAUGAAGCGGGCCCUGCAAGCCCAGGGCAUCGCUACACCAGCAGUCAUAGAUGCUUCGCAGAUCAAUCACACUAUACUUAAUGGUGGGCUGAAGAGUUUAGCGGAGGCAACGUCGCAGCAAGCGCAAGUGGAGACGAUACAGACGACUACAGCGCAUCAGCAUCAUCAGUUGAUGCAUACAAAGCAGGAGCCUGGGACGGCUAAUAAUUCGCCUAAAAGCUACGAGUUGGUCAGCUUCGAAGACGGAGAAACCUCCGCUACAGUUAUUCAACACACACAACUGCAAAAUGCGGUAUAUUCGCAGACGGAGCUCAUGUCAACUACGACCAUGUCGGCGGCGCCGCCGGCCGCCAUAAAGGAGCGCCCGUACGCCUGCGACGAGUGCGGAAAGUCCUUUCUGCUGAAGCACCAUCUUACUACGCAUGCGAGGGUUCAUACUGGCGAGCGACCGCACGUAUGCACACACUGCGGCAAAACCUUCGCACACAAACACUGUCUCAACACCCAUCUCCUACUCCAUACGAACGAACGCCCCCACAAGUGCCGCGAAUGCAAGAAAACCUUCACGCUCAAACAUCAUCUCGAAUCGCAUAUACGGGUGCACAGCCGAGACCGUCCGUUCGUGUGCGGCGAGUGCGGCCGCGGGUUCCCCCUGAAGCGGCACCUCGUCACGCACAGCAAGUACCACGCGGGCGAGCGGCCCUACGUCUGCAGCGACUGCGGCGAGAGCUUCGCGCAGAAGGAGCACCUGGUAAUGCACAGCCGCUUCCACGGCUCCCUGUCUCCCUUCGUGUGCCCCGACUGCGGCGUGGCCUUCGCGCGCAAGUUCCAACUGGUCAACCACGGGAGAGUCCAUGGAAGGGUGCCCCACGCUUGUCCCGUUUGUGGCAAGGAGUUCCUACAGAAACGGACGCUUGUUGCGCAUAUGAAAAUCCAUACGGGUGAAGGAGUGGUGGCGUGCCUGGAGUGUGGCGAGGCGUUCAAGUGUAAGACGGAGAUGCAGCAACACUGCAAGAUGUCGCGACACUGUAUGAGCGGCAGCGUCACGCAACAAACACAACAACAACAGGUCCAACAACAGAACACCCAGCAACAACAGCAGCAGCAGCAGCAACAACAACAGCAGGCUCAACAACAAGCGCAACAGCAGCAACAGCAACAACAAGCUCAACAACAAGCUCAACAGCAGGCGCAGCAACAGCAGCAACAACAGCAACAACAGCAGCAGCAGCAACAACAACAAACGACGGUUAUAAAACAGGAUGAUUUCAAGCCGCAAAUUGUACAUCUCAUCGGCGCCGACGGUCAGAUAGUGACAGAAAAGGUGACACCCGGCUAUCCGUGUCCAGAGUGUGGCUCCUGCUUCAACACUAAGGAAGCUCUGUCGCUGCACGUGCGGCUGCACGCGGGCGACCGCACGUGCGUGACGGACCUGUGCGCGCUCACGGCCGCGCUGCAGCCCGGCCUAGUGCAGGCCGCGCAACACACGCAGCACAAUCAACCUAUACAAAUUAUAUCCUCAAAUCCGAACAACGUAGUACACACGCAAGUUAUUGCUACUCAAAACCAUCACAUAGCGACGCCGCGACCGAAGAUCCACUUUUGUGUAGACUGUGGGAAAGGAUUUGCAGCGAAACAUGGCCUAUUAGCGCAUCACAGAAGACACCCAGACGGAAGCUGUACGCUGAGAACGCACGUAUGCGACCAGUGCGGAAAAGCGUUCUUCCAGAAAAACCACCUUAUGCUACAUCAGAGACAACACAUGGACUUGCCGCCUAGAAGUCAGAGAGACACGAGUAACACCGACAACGGGGCGAUAAUCAUGAUAACUGGACAUUCGAAGAACUUCCAAUCACAACAGCAACAGGCGCAGCAACAAGCACAACAGCAAGCACAACAACAGGCACAACAGCAGGCGCAACAACAGGCGCAAGCAGCGCAGCAGGCCGCGCAGCAAGCCGCCCAGCAAGUUGCUCAGCAGGUCCAGCAACAGGUCCAGCAACAAGUCCAGCAACAGAUGCAGAUUGAGAUAGAACCGCAGGAACACCAGCAACCGACGCACAUACAAGUUGUGACGAACCGGUCGGGGCAGGUGAUCGGCAACCAGAUCGUGGUGGGCGGCGUGGGCCGGCGGCUGGUGGGCUCGCAGCUGCACGUCAUCGGCCGCGACGGCAAGACCAUCGGCACGCAGCUGCCGCUCAAGCACCAGCGACACAACGCGAACAGCGGUGACGUGAAGGAAGUGAGCGGGCUGGUCCUCUCGACGGCGCGGGGCUCCAACCUCAUCAAGUACGAGAUCUCGCUCCCGCAGUCCACGCCCGUCGUGCCCGUCGUCCAAGUGCAGCAGCUCGACUGAGUGCCACAGGACACUGAUAACAUGUACCUCUACACUAGACAAUAGCUCCACACGUCAUCCACGCGUGGGUCGAGUCACAGAAUAAAUAAUAGGUGUAUCUACUAGGUACCAAUGGCGGCGCGUCGAUAAAAGCCGAUUGCCACCGGCUUGUCUGUUUUUGGACGUUUGAGCAAAGUUGUAAAGGGAAUAUGUAAGCCAAAUUAGCCCCCGGCUUGCCUAUGGAUUUGUUUGACGUGCCGCCACUGCUAGGUACAGAAGGUUCACUCUAACAAAACGCGUCUAUUACGACUUACGACCGCAAGGUGGC